AUGACCACCAGUCCUAAAGGGGCGAAUCUGCCGAACAACGGCGGCAAGGGUUUCAGCGACAAUGCGAGCCAUCCUGCAAAGCGAGAGAAGCCUAUCAAAACGAAAUUAAACUGCGGUCUCAUCACAGCCCUGUUUGCCACUUUUUGGCCGCCAAUGCUGGUUUCUGCCCUCUUCAAACUCUGUCAUGAUAUUUUCCUCUUCUGUGGUCCUCUUCUACUCAAACGCCUUAUCAGCUUUCUGGAGGACGAAACUGGGGAGCCGGUGUGGCAUGGCUACCUGUACGCCAGCAGCAUGUUUCUGGUUGCCAUGCUUCAGUCGUUUGUGUUGCAUCAGUACUUCCGAAGACAGGGUAUAAUCGGCAUGAAUAUUCGCUCGGUCCUUGUGUCGGCGGUCUACAGGAAGCCAGGUCUAAUAGAGUGGUCCGGCUACUAUAUGCGUCGGUUUGCGUCGGCAUACUUCCGUGAGUCUGUCUGGCUACGUGUCUGA